GGUUGAUGACCUACGCUCCUCAUUCACUCACGGUACGGAGUCAACUGGUCCACUCACACAGAACCACUAUAUUUAUUGACCUCUUUCUCCCCUCUCUCUCUAGAUGAAAUACUGUGACUAGUGAUGUCCGGCCACCUGACAACCUGUCCACUUGAUCCCAUCUCCUCCUCCCUUCUCCUGACAAUAUCUGGAGACCAUCUACCAUUCCUCAUGUCCCACAUCAACUCCUUCCUGACCAUUGGCUGCGUACCUUCAGAUGGCCAGUUGCUCCCCUCCUCAAGAAACCAACACUCAACCCCUGUGAUGUCAAAAACUACAGAUCAGUAUCCCUUCUUUCUUUUCCUUCCAAAACACUUGAGUGUGCUGUCUAUGGCCACAUCUCUCGCUAUCUCUCUUAGAAUGAUCUUCUUGACCUUAACCAGUCAGGCUUCAAGGCAGCUCACUCAACUGAGACAACUCUCCUCUGUCAGGGAGGCUCUUCGCUCUGUCAAAGAUGACUCUCUCUCAUCUGUUCUCAUCCUCAUAGAUCUAUCUGCUGCCUUCAACACCAUGAACCGUCCGAUUGUCCUCUUCAUCCUCUCAGGGCGGGACAUCUCAGGCUCUGCACACUGCUGUAUUGCAUUCUACCUGGAAGUUUGCUUCAAACAGAGGAUCUUUGUCUGCACCACGUGUUCUCACUAUUGGGGUCCCUCAGGGCUCACUACCGGUGGCGACACAUCUCUGCAUACUUGGCAGACAUCUCAGCUUGGAUGUCGGCCCACCACCUCAGGCUCAAUCUCAACAUGAUGAAGCUGCUCUUCCUCCUGGGGAAGGCUUGCCCGCUCCAAGACAUCUCCAUCACAGUUGAUAACUCCAGGGUGUCUGCCUCCCAGAGUGCAAAGAACCUUGGCAUGACCCUGGACAACACCCUGUCAUUCUCUGCAAACAUCAAGCAGUGAU